GCAGGGGGGGUGAGGUCCACCUCCACGGAGACACAAAACCCUCACACCUCCACCCCCACCCCUCCUCCCCUUACAGACCGAUCCCUCACCCGGUCACUAUAAAAAGUCUGCUCUGGCUGAAGUUUUUCAGUCUCGUCAAGAACUCCUCCAGACCACCAUCAUGAAAUUCGUGGCUCUUGCUCUCGCCCUUGUCCUGGCUGUCGGCUCUCAUGCCGCUUCCCUGCAGGCUGAUGCCCCAUCUCAUCUGCAGCACAUCCGUGCUGCGAUGGACAUCUACCUGAAUCAGGUGAAGGAAAGUGCCAACAAAGCCCUCGACCAGCUCGAUGACACCGAGUACAAGGAGCUCAAGGUCAGCAUGUCUCAGCGCUUGGACGACAUGUUCACUCAGAUCAAGAAUCUGCAGGUUGCCGUGGCCCCAGUCACCGACGGUGUCGUCGGCACCCUCUCUGACGUCACUGCAACAUUCCGGGCUUCCAUCAUUGCUGAUAUUGAUAGCCUGAAAACUGAUCUGGAGCCCAAACGUGUUGCGCUCAAAGAAGUCAUCGACAGACACAUCGACGACUACCGCAAGAGGAUUGAGCCAAUCAUCCAAGAGUAUGCCGCCAAGCACACCGCUGAGAUGGAUACCCUGAGAGAAAAGAUGGAGCCCAUUGUGGCAGAUCUGCGUCUCAAGAUCGCUUCAAAUGUAGAGGAGACCAAGACCGCCCUGAUGCCCAUUGUGGAGGCUGUGCGUACCAAGCUCGCUGAGCGUCUCGAACAGCUGAAGGAGCUGGCCGCUCCCUACGUCAAUGACUACAAGGAGCAGAUCAACAUGGCCUACUCCCAGGCCCAGAACAUCAACACAGAUGAGAUCCAUGCCCUGAGGGAAAAGAUUGCACCUUUGGCCGAGGAGGUCAAGACAAAGCUCCAGGCCAUCGCCGAGGUCAUCGCUGCUUCCUACACCAAGAACUAAAUCCUCCCUACCCCGUUUCUGUAACUAACCUCACCUAACUUCAGUCCUAGAUCCAUUCCACAUUCCUCUCCAUUCCUUCUUUCCUAAAAUGUGCAGCCAGACCCCCUCCAAAAAUGAAGCCAAUGCCUAACUGAUGCAGUUCUCUGCAACAAACUGGCGGGACUCUUGCUCUUUCCAUCCUAUGCAAACACCUUAGUGCGCACAUGCUCAAGCACACAUAGACCAACACAUACACAAACACAUACUCAGCACCAACAUGCUUAGUCUUCAUUGCCAACUGCUUACAUUUUGGGUAGGAAUUGUAUGUGCUUAAACAUCUGUGUAAUGAUGCUUGUCUGAUAAACUGUGCUUUGACAAAAAACAGCUCAAUAAACAUCUGACUGUUAAAAAUA